GAUCUCACUGUUACCUAAAAUGUCGGUCACCGUUAGCUCGCCGGCCGUCCGAUCCUUCCAUGUUUCACGAUCACCUCAUAAAACGAUCUCUAGGCCACGUGUCAUUAUAUCUGCCGUCCGAUCUACUGACAGCUUAGGAGUAGCACCAAUUUUGACGAAGUUGCAGAAAGAUUGUGCUACUCCUCUUCCAGUUUUGCGCCACGUGGCGGAUGCAAUGGCCGAUGAUAUGAGGGCCGGGCUUGCCGUCGACGGCGGCAGUGAUCUGAAGAUGAUCCUUAGUUAUGUCGACACUCUACCAACUGGGAAUGAGAAAGGCUUGUUUUAUGCGUUGGACCUUGGUGGUACAAAUUUCCGGGUGCUAAGGGUGCAGCUAGGUGGUAAAGAAGAGCGUGUAGUCGCCACUGAGUUUGAGCAAGUCUCUAUACCCCAAGAACUGAUGUUUGCUACCUCCGAGGAGCUUUUCGAUUUCAUAGCUUCUGCGCUAGGAAAAUUUGCACAAAAGGAAGGUGGUAAUUUUGAGUUGCAACAGGGACGGACAAGGGAAAUAGGAUUCACGUUUUCUUUUCCGGUGAAACAGACUUCAAUAAGAACUGGAAUCCUAAUCAAAUGGACAAAAGGUUUUGCUGUCUCUGGAACUGCGGGAAAAGAUGUUGUUGCUUGUCUGAAUGAAGCCAUGGAGAGGCGGGGAAUGGAUAUGCAAGUGUCUGCCCUGGUCAAUGACACUGUGGGAACACUUGCCGGAGCAAGAUACUGGGAUGAUGAUGCCAUGGUUGCUGUCAUUCUUGGGACUGGAACCAAUGCUUGCUAUGUAGAACGUGUGGAUGCUAUUCCUAAGCUGGCAAAAAGGAUGUCUAAGUCUCCAAUAACGAUUGUGAAUACCGAAUGGGGAGCUUUCUCAAAUGGCCUUCCUUUAACUGAGUUUGAUAGAGAAAUGGAUGCCGAGAGCAUUAACCCUGGUGAGCAGAUUUUUGAAAAGACCAUCUCUGGUAUGUACCUUGGGGAAAUUGUGAGACGGGUGCUGGUCAAAAUGGCCAAGGUUGGGGGCUUAUUUGGUAGCAGCUAUGUUCCGGAAAAGCUAGUCACUCCAUUUGUGCUGAGGACACCUGAUAUAUGUGCCAUGCAGCAGGAUACAUCAAUAGAUCUUGAAGCUGUUGAGUCUGUCCUCUAUGAUGUAGCUGGGGUAAAAUCCGAUCUAAGUGCAAGGAAAACAGUCGUGGACAUUUGCGAUACUAUUGCAAAACGAGGGGGUCGUCUAGCUGGUGCAGGAAUUGUUGGUAUAUUACAGAAAAUGGAGGAAGAUUCUAAAGGUCUCAUCUUUGGUAAAAGAACAGUUGUAGCAAUGGAUGGAGGCUUAUAUGAGCACUAUCCUCAGUACAGAGGAUACCUCCAAGAAGCUGUCACAGAGCUACUAGGCUCGGAAAUUUCGAAAAAUGUAGUGAUAGAACAUUCAAAAGAUGGAUCUGGUAUUGGAGCUGCAUUAUUAGCUGCUGCAAAUUCAAAGUAUGAACAUGAUGAUUAAGGGAAAAGCUAAAUUUCAUGUGUUCAAAGGUUUGCUUGAGGAAAAAUACAUGAGCAUUUGUAAUUUAGAAUGUUCUAAAGAAGGAUUGAUGAUUGGAUUUAUAGAGGCUCUUGUUUGUGAUGCCAUUUUUUGUACUCCCAUUAAUGAAGUACGAAGAAGUGAGGAUUUAUAUAGCCAACCCCAAUUUAUUUGGAAUCGAGGCGUAGUUGUAAUUGUAUUAUAUGCAGCACUGACUUAUUUAUGUGA